CCUCACCGUGUAACGGUUUCUGAAGAUAUCGUGGACAAGCACUAGAUGACCAACGAAACAGGUGGAGAAGGCGAUUCAUGGAAGAUUCAUUUCUCAUUUACUGGACGCACUUCAAGUGCUCUCCAACAAAAUAACAAUAACCCUUCGAAUAAUUACUUCUGGGAGAGUACCACACUAGAGGAAAGCCAGCCAACAUCCUACAUAUACAUUUUGACACAAAUUUUCCUCCUGAAAGACAUUGAAACUUUACGACGCAUUGUACUGGACCCGGAAGAGAUUAACACGAUAGUAAAACAUAAGGAAACAGUUUUGGAAAGUCUUCACGAUUAUGAGCAGCUCGAAGAACUCCAAUUAUUAACAGAUAUUAGACAAGUCCCUGAUGUGAAAUGUAAUAUCAUCGACGGCAAAUGUUUUACUGUGGAGCUUCCAAUAACAGAUCUGAUUGACCCGGAUAAAAAUUUAAGGCGCUUGUUGAGAGAUUUGCAGACUUACUCCAAAACUGUCAGUAAAAGUAUCACUCGGCAGAUUGAAAGUAAAGAAAAGCUAUCAACACCAUCCUGGGAAAUUAUCCAGAUAGAUGGCGACUCUGACUUUUUACGCCACCAAACGGAAAACGAGCUUUGUGAAAAUGACGUCGACAAGCAAGACAGAUAUUCGAUAAUCCACGAUUUGUUCUCUAAAGAUGCCGACUGCUACUAUGAAGAUAGAAUCUGUGCUGUUGAGAAGAGAGGGACACCUAGGAUGACAGCAGAAGUGGCGGAUGCAGAUAAUACGGAUGUUAGCAUGACACCAGGCUGUCAUCCGAAAAUCACGCAAUCAUCUGUAUUCAAUACAGAAGUUUGCAACAAAAAUUCAAGUGAAUUGAGACAUAAACGUGUCCUCAUUCAUGACAGUGAUGAGGAAUCUGGUUGUGAUGAGAAUAAUAAUUCAUUUGAUUGCAUCAAAAAAUCAACCAGAAAGAAGCGUGUCCUCCUCUCUGACAGCGAGGAAUCAGAUAGUGGCAAAAAUCAUGGUACACAUAAUAACAAGAAACAGUCAAGAAAGGUUAGAUAUAAACGUGUCAGAACUUAUGAUAGUGAUGAGGUGUCUGAUGGCGACAUAUAGAUGAAUUUUCCUAUACUUAAAAAUAAUCAAGCAAAUUUGGGUAAAAAGCAUACCAGUCCACAAUUAUUUUAUGAAAGUAAUGAAUCUGAAAGAUUUAUACUGUACAUUCCUACAUUUAUGACAGUGAAAAGGAGUCUGAUAGAUAUAUUUUUAAUUACAACAAAAAUACUAUAAGAAUGAAGGUAUAAAUGUGCCCAACAAAACACUUUGCAAAGAUAGAUAUUACAACAAGAAACAUGACAGGGUAGUUACAAAAAUAUUGGAACUGGGGUAGAAAAUGUUUGUGAAUCAGAAAAGGAAAUGUUAAAUAAUUAAUUUGAAAAGUGUGAAAAAAAGUAUUGCAAAAAGAAAAACACACUGUUAAAAACAGUAAUGACAACAUAAAUAGUUUCUCUUUAUAUCAUAAUUCUUGGCUUUCCCAAAAAAUCUUUCUAAUUUGGACUAAAUCUUUCCAGCAAAAUAUGUAGAAAUACUUUUUAAGAAGUUUAAAUAUGCUUUUCUUUUUGACCAAAAAAGAAUUCAGCUGUUUUUGUAAUGAAAAAACAGUUAGCAUUUCUGAUGAUCAGUUUCAUCAUGCGGUUUAUAUUUUCUGUUGAAGACCUGUAGGUGAUAUGGACAAAUCUUGAACAGGCCAUUAUUGCUUUUUGUUUAAAUGGACAGCAUCUGUUGGUGAUUUAACACUGUAACAAGAUAUGCAAUUUCUUGCCCUUUGGUCAACAUUGAAAAUUCAUGCAAAAAAGCAACCAUCAAACUUUCAAAUGGCCAGCUUUUCCUCAUUGGCCCUAACAAGAGAUAUAUUCCUGGAUCAUGAAGUAUUCUGAUAGUCAGUCAUACUCUAUACUAAGAGGUAUGAUUACCCUGUGCAUAAUGCACUUGCCUUCUGAUGCCAAUGCCAAGCCUUGUCUCAUGGAAUUGAGUAUGUUGUUAUUUCUUUUCCAUUAUCCAAAACUUUUUAUCCAAAGUUCUCUAACUUGUUUUCUUGAUUAUACAACAACUAAAACUCUGACUUCCAGUUUGACUACAAUGGACCAAUAGUCGCCAAAUAGAGGUCCAUCUAAUUCAAAAUUCUAAUUUUUUUUCCCAGAAACAUUAUCCGCAUCUUGAUAGACAAUCCCCUUGACUUGACUAACCACUGUAAAGCUGUGUGGGAUUGUCACUCCACUUGAACAAAUUGCCUUUUCAGCCCCAUUCACUCUCUCUUGUCAUGACCUUGAUCAUUAGUUAAAGGUGCACUGUUAUAGUGAAUCAGAAUCAAGCCUGUGAGAAUGAGAGAUGUACCUAACCACCAUUGCAUGGAAAGUGUCUCGCCAAACAACAGGCAACCAAGCAGCGCCUGUAAGAGACAACCCUACAUCAGUGUUUACAGACUCACAGUUCAAAUCAUUGACUCCUAAAUUCCUCUAGUAGGUUUGUUCUGAGUGAAGCUGUACCGAGUCCAAAUCCUAAGCACCACUGUUAGACUAAUAAGCCUUGUACAAGCUGUUGUUGUCAAUCUUAAUUAAAAUAUUGGUAAGCCUGAAGAGUAGCCUAGUGAUAGAUUCAUUAACCCUUUUUAUAACAGUUCUUCUAUUGCAAAUUUAAGGGAGCACAGCAUGGCUAACUAGCCAGGCUUGCCUUACUAGCAUUACUAUAAAAGGUGUGUGCAAAAAGUCAGUAUCAAACUUAAAACUAACUUAUCAGUAAGAGUAGGUACUUUAUCCUUGUUGUUCUUACUAAAAGAAAAUGAUGAAGUGCUAGAGAGGAUAUUAACAGAUCAGUUAGAAUGCACUUAGAGGAGACAGCCAAUAUUGUUGAAAAUGUGGACUUAAAAUUACCGCAUACAUUUAC